AAUCCUCACAACUCAGGUUCACGACCCGACUGAAACAUCUUCUUUAGAGAGAGAAAAGUAGGGAAUAGAUAGAGAGAGAAAGAUGAGUGGGAUAACGCAAGACUGGGAGCCCGUGGUGAUCCGCAAGAAGGCGCCAACCGCCGCCGCUCGCAAGGACGAGAAAGCCGUCAACGCCGCCCGUCGCUCCGGCGCCGAGAUCGAAACCAUCAGGAAAUCUAAUGCUGGCACAAACAAAGCUGCCUCCAGUAGCACUUCUCUGAACACCAGGAAACUUGAUGAAGACACAGAGAAUCUGACUCAUCAAAAGGUGCCAACUGAAUUGAAGAAAGCUAUUAUGCAAGCUCGGCAGGAUAAGAAAUUGACCCAAUCUCAACUUGCUCAACUCAUAAAUGAGAAGCCACAAAUCAUUCAGGAGUACGAGUCUGGAAAGGCAAUUCCAAAUCAGCAGAUAAUAGCGAAAUUGGAGAGGGCUCUUGGUGCGAAACUAAGAGGAAAGAAAUAAACUUUAGUCUUUGCGAAAAUAAGCCAUUUUCAGUUAACAGUGUCUGUUGAGUCCUAAAGAGUGGUGUUGUACAUGAACCUUGUUCUUUGAUCUCACGUUUAAUCCACUGUUGUGCUCAGCUAUGGAAGUUAUGGCUUUAAGGACAAGAUUUGCUGUGUAAUGUGAUUGUGUUUCAGUUUACAAUAAAUAUGAGGUGACUGGUUGUUUGAUUUCUCUGUU